AUGCAGAGCCGAGCGGCUCCUCUUCAACGUGGCAUGCAGUCGAACGGAGUCUUUCGGAGCUCGCGAGAGGGCAGCCCAGCGUUUUCGAGUUGUCGCUCGAGCAUUUCACCUGUUCCUUCCAUAUCUGACCGCUCGGCGUCUCCCUUCCCUGACAUGCACUUGGAGGACGAGACUCGACCUGGCCUUCCGCAUGUCUCGCCCAAACUGUGGAUCAUGGCAGAGUUCUCGUACCUCGAGCAGACCGUCGCUUCGCUCGUGCAGUUUGUGCAGGAGGAGACGGAGUCCUGCUCGUCGGGAGCCUUCAAGCGAGGCGAUACAGACAGGCGACCUGGUGGCAUCAGAGAGAGCGGGCUCGUAGGGCUAGCGUUCGAUGACGACUACAAGGUGAUGGAGCUCGUGCCGUGCUCGCCUGCGGAUGAUAGCAGACUCAUCAUGGUGGGAGAUCAGCUCCUCUCUGUUGACGGACAGGAAGUUCAAAGCUUUAUUCGAGCAGGAGCAAGCUCAGAGACGCUCCUCAGUGGCCCCGUGGGCUCCUACGUUGAGCUCGUGCUGACCAGAGGAGAGGGAGUGAAGGCUCAUCUUGUGCGGGUGAGCCUGCAGAGGACGUCGAGGUCCAUCGUCCUGCGUCGACUUUCACUCCGACAUGAUGUGGAGACGCUGCGAGCGUUUGUAGAGAGCGUGCUGAGAGAGAGAGCUUGCGCUCCCUCGGAUGAGAAGUCCGAGUGCCGGUCCUGUGUCAGGCUCAAGAGCUUCAACGCGCUUGCGACGCGGCGGAUGCAGCGGGUGAUUGAGUUGAACGUACAGCUGUUUGAGGAGAGGAACCGUUUCUCCCUGCGUCAUGCUGAGUUGCAGGAGGAAGUUGAGCGCGCUAAGGCCGUGGUCACUCAGCUCACCUCCAUGGUGGAGGAGGUUGAAGGUGUUGUGGGCAACGCUGAGAGUCAGCUGGUGGAGAGCUCGAGAAGCUCGAGGAUGCUGGAGAAUCGUGAGACAGGCUCGGAGACGCAUAUUAAUGCCUUGCUGGCUGAAAACAGAGACUUGAAGGCAAAGCUGCAGGAGGAGGAGGAGAGGUUGAAAGAGACUCGGCAACACAUGGAGCUUCUUCAGGAGGAGAACGUGAAGCUCAGGAGCGGGGGAAGCAAAUCGAGCUCGCAGUCGACAGAGGUAGGAAGCAACCAGCAGAAGCAGAUGCAGGAGCUCUCAGAGACUAUCCGCUCGCUCGAGGAGAGCUGGCAGGAUGUUCUCUCUGUCCUCCCGAAGCCUUCGGAGGCUUCCCGGGGAAGGAAACAGACUUUCCCGCUUCCCUCUCCCCAGUCAGGUGACCGUGAGAUUGUGAAACACCAGGGCCUGGGAUCGUACGUGGCUCGCCAGCUCGACAUGCUUGCGCGAAGUAUGCUGCGAGCAGCGGAGGAAGAAAGGAAUGUCUGUUAG